GUUGCUGAGGACGGCGCCGUCGCGCACCACCCCCGCCCCCACCUUGUUGGCGGAGCCCUCCAGGCCCAGCACGGUCGGCAUGACGUCACGCACGGGGCUUUCCCCCGGUGUUGCCGCCGCCGCCGCUUCUCCGCCUCACGGCGCUUCUCCCGCCGCUCCGCUACGUCACUUCCGUUUCCCGCCUCAAGCCUCUCCCAGCCUCAGGGGCGUUUCCGGUUCCGGUCACGCCCCCCCAUUGACCAGAGCUCCCCUCACGCUUUCCCGCGCGCGCGGAGCCGCCGCUCCCGCCGCCGCCGCUGAUUGGUCCCGCGCUCUGAGGCACGGCGCGCUCUGAUUGGUCCCGCGCGCUGAGGCACGGCGGGCGCUGAUUGGUCGUCCCAGGGGCUGAGGGGCGGAGCUUAAAGGCCGAGAGGGCGUGUCCAGCGGCGGAAGGGGCGGGGCCGGCGCCAUGCCGAAGCGCGGGAAGAAGAAGGAGGAGAACGGGAGCGGGGACGAGGCCGGCCCCGCCCCCGCCAAGGCCCCCAAGGCGUCGCCGGCCCCGCUUUAUGAGGACCCGCCCACCCGCGAGGCCACGCCCGACGGGCGGCGCUGGACGCUCAAGGUGACGUCAUGGAACGUGGACGGGCUGAGGGCGUGGCUGAAAAAAGGCGGGGCCAAGUGGGUGCAGGAGGAGGCGCCGGACGUGCUGUGCCUGCAGGAGACCAAGUGCGCGGCGUCGGCGGUGCCGGCCGAGCUGCGGGAGCUGCCGGGGCUGCCGCACCAGUUCUGGAGCAGCGCCAAGGACCGGCCGGGCUACAGCGGCGUGGGGCUGCUGGCCAAGACAGAGCCCCUGGACGUCACCUACGGCAUCGGUGACCCCGAGCACGACGUGGACGGCCGCGUGCUCACGGCCGAGUUCCCCUCCCUGUUCGUGGUGUGCGCCUACGUGCCCAACGCCGGGCGGGGCCUGGUGCGCCUGGAGCCGCGGCUGCGCUUCGACGCCGCCUUCCUGCGCUUCCUGCAGCGCCUGGACGCGCGCAAGCCCGUGCUGCUCUGCGGCGACCUCAACGUGGCGCACGCCGAGAUCGACCUGUGCCACCCGCGCGCCAACCGCGCCAGCGCCGGCUUCACGCCGCAGGAGAGGGAGGGCUUCUCCAAACUCCUCGACUCCGGGUUCGUGGACUCCUUCCGGCACCUGUACCCCGAGGCCAGGGGCGCCUUCACCUUCUGGACGUACCUGGGCGACGCGCGGGCGCGCAACGUGGGCUGGCGGCUGGACUACGCCGUGGUGUCGCGGCGCCUGCUGGGGGCGCUGUGCGACUGCAAGAUCCGCAGCGCCGUCCAGGGCAGCGACCACUGCCCCAUCACGGCGCUGCUGGCCGUUUAAAGGGGCGGAAACUGGGUAAAAAUCCGCCAAAAUUGGGUCAAAAUCGGUCAAAGUUUGAGUUUGUAGCAUUUUUGCCUUUCAGUUCAGUGGUUUUGGCCCAAAAUUGGCUGAAAGUUGGCUCAAAUUCAGUCAAAAUCACUCAGAGUUAGAGAUGCUUUUAAUUGGAUAUGUUUUGGCCCAAAAUCGGCUCGAUUUAGCUCAGAAUUGGCCCAAAUUCACACAAAAUCGCUCGAAAUCGCUCAAUAUUCGAGUUUCAUGCCAUGCUCUGGUCUUGGAUAUGUUUUUGCCCAAAAUCGGCUGAAAUUCGCUCAAAAUCGCCCAAACUUGUAGUUCGAUACCAUUGUCCGCUUUUAAUUAGAAGUACUUUAGAUCAAAAUUGGCUCAAAUUGACCCAAAAUUGGCUCAAAUUCACUCCAAGUCAGUCAAAGUGAGACACAUUUAGUUGGACGUGUUUUGCCCCAAAAUUGAGUUAAGCUGACCCAAAAUCGGCUGAAAUUCACUCAAAAUCACUCGAAAUUUGACAUUCUUGAUUAGAUGCAUUUUGGCCCAAAAUUGGCUCCAAUUGACCCAAAACUGGCUUGGAAUGAGUCAAAGUUAAAGUUGGUUGGGCUGGGCGGAAAUCGUCCCAAAAUCGGCUGAAAUUCCCUCAAAAUGACCCAGAGUUCGUUGUUGAUGAUGUCAUCAAAGCCAAAAUGGCUUUCUCUGGUUUUUAUAAGUAUCGACCCAAAAUGUCCUAAAAUCAACCCAAAACCUCCCCAAACUGACCCAAAACCUCGUUUUUACCCCAAAUUUCCCCAAAAAUGCCCAAAUUCCGGUUCUGAUGACAUCAUCAGCCUCAGAAUGGUUCUCUGCCCCGUUUUUACCCAAAUUUCCCCAAAACCACCCAAAUUUCAGUUAGGUUGACGUCAUCAGCCCCAAGACGAUGCCCCACCCCCGUUUUUACCGAAAUUCCCCCCAAUUUACCCAAAUUUGGGUCUCUCAGGUGCUGCUGCCGCUGCUCGGACACAAAAUCCCCCAAAACUGCCCCAAAACCCUUCUGGCCCCUCCCCCUCUUUAGACCCCGCCCCCUUAGACCCCUCCCCCAGCCCCGCCCCCUCA